GGCGUGCGCGUAAGCAGUCUUUUUUUCACGGCCAGAAGUUGAGCUGCUGAGCUGAGAGUUGAUUUUGAUUAUUAUUUGUAACAAUCUCGUGUCGAAAGCCGACACUGCUGCCGCUGGUGUUGAAAUCGGCGCUGCUUUCGACUGAUAUUCGGCGGCGACAGGCGAUGCCGUGAUGGAAGCGUCGCACCCCGAGGUGCUGGCCGCCCUUGGAGCGGCCACCAGCCAGGACAUCAAUCUUCUGCGACCGGCCGAGGCGCGCCUCAAGGAAUGGGAAACGGCGCCCGGCUUCUACGCAGCCCUUUUGGCCGCCUUCGCUGACCUCGGGCAGCCCGUCAACGUGCGAUGGAUGGCCGUGUUGUGCGUCAAGAACGGCGUCGACCGCUUCUGGCGACGCAACGCGCCCAACGCCAUCGACGAGCGCGAGAAGGCCGCUGUCCGGCAGUCGUUGAUAGCGUGCUGCCUCCAAGAACCUGCCCCGCAGAUUUUAACCCAAUUGGCAGUUUUGGCGGCCAAAAUCGCAAGGCACGAUUGGCCUCGAGAGUGGCCCAUGUUGAUGGACCAACUGCUCGAAGGAGUUCAGCGCCAUGAAACUAGGCACCAUGCGCUGCUUGUCCUGCACCACGUGGUCAAGACGCUGAGUUCCAAGCGGUUGGCUGGAGACCGACGACUUUUCCAAGAACUGACUGCCUCUCUUUUUCCGCACGUCCUUCAUGUCUUUGAGCAACACAUGUCUGCCCAGGCCGUCAACGAGGCUACUCUAGCCUUGAAAAUCCUUCGCCAGAUGACAGUACACGGGUUCAAGACUCCCUACGAUGAGCCAGCUGUCAGACCCUUCCUUGAGUCUGCAAUUCCGAGGACUAGGUUCCUCAUCGAAAUGCGACCAAACGCUGCUGACCAGGUGGCUAUUCAGAAACUAGCCUCUCUUUUAUUAAAGCUUCUUGGUGACGUCUUAGAGCAUCACCCAUUUUCCUACGGACCUUUGGUGGCCUCCACUUUGGAACUUAUAGACAGUCUUAUCCUCAACGACUCUGGCUGCAGCCUCUUGUUUGAAAAGGCAGCCGUCCAACUUCUGAACCUAUUGAAGGGCAUCCUCCUGUGUCCUGAGUUCAAAAACGACACAAACCCAGCCGCUCUUGAGGCGCAAAGAGCCAAGAGCGGGUUUUUCUCUCCCCAGUUAUUAGAGCUACUUUGCCAACGACUUGUGGGUCGUUUUCUGCCCCUCAGUAAUGAUGAGCUGCGUCAGUGGGCCGAAGAUGCGGAAACUUUUGCCGCUGAUGAGGGCGGCGAGUGUUGGCGGUAUGCCCUGAGGCCGUGCGUCGAGAGUUGUUUUGUCGCCCUGUUCAAAGAGUUCCGCAGCCAAAUGGUUCCGCCGCUCGUCCAAUUGAUGCAGACGGGUCUUGGAUCUGAAACACCAUUGCUGUUAAAGGAAGCUGUCUACACAGCGGUUGGUCUAGUGGCCUAUGAUUUGUAUGACGAGGUUGACUUUGACUCUUGGUUCAAAGGGUCUCUCAGGCAGGAGCUCUCAUGCAAGGAGGACAAUUAUCAAAUAAUUCGUAGACGGGUAGCGUGGCUACUUGGCGAAUGGUCUGCGGUAAAACUGUCACCUGAUCUGCGCCCCCUUUUGUAUACCACCCUGUUGAGUCUGCUUUCGGCGGGCGAGGACAUGGCCGUCAGACUGGCCGCGGCUCAAGCCCUGAGACACUCAAUGGACGACUUUGACUUCUGCCCGGAACAGAUCGAGCCCAUCCUGGGCGAUUGCUUCAACCUCUUGCUCACCCUGCUGCGCGACGCACGUGAGUGCGACUCGAAAAUGCGCGUCCUUUCAGUAGCCACCUUUGUGGUAGACCGCGUGGGACCGGCGGUGCGGCCGCACGCCGUCGAUCUUGUUCGCUGUCUUCCGCAACUCUGGGCCGAGGACCACCCGAUGCUUCGAGCGGCUGUAGUGGCCGCUCUGGUACCUCUGGUGGCCGCCUUGGGGCCGGAUCACGACCACCUAUCCACCUUCCUCCUCCCUGUGGUUGCAACGUCUACUGACCUUGACCAGGAGGCCCACGUGUACCUGCUCGAAGACGGUCUUGAUCUGUGGCAGGCCGUGUUAGAAAACGCGGCCAGGAUGAGUCCCCAGUUGCUGCAGCUGUGGACUAGGGUGCCAACCCUGAUGGAAAGGACCACCGAGCACCUGCAGUCUUGUCUGCAACUCACAAAGGCCUACCUCCUCUUGGCGCCAACGCAGUUCCUCGAAACGCAUGGAAAAGUGCUUGUCGCCACUCUGGAUGAAAUUUUGGGAGACAUUCGACUUGAAGGCUUAUUGCAGGUGUUGCGUCUGGUUGAAUUGAUCAUGCGAGCAGAGCCAGCAGCUGCCCCUCUCUUGCAAGUCCUUAUCGAACGGGUCAUCAUGUCAGUUCUGCGAGCCGAAGCCCUACCCAUCCUUAUGGCCCUUCAGCUCUCGGUGUUGGCGCGUCUGCUUCUCGGCCCUCAAAAUGUGCUCGCCGAUGCUGUCAACUCGGUGGCCGUUUCCUCGGGUGAGACGGCUGACUCUGUUUUGCAAAGAUUGCUGGACGUGUGGCUGGACAAGAUGAGCAUAAUCACGCAACCUGAGAGGCGCAAACUGCUGGCCUUGGCGCUUGUGACGCUGCUGUCUGCCGACGACCGCAGGUUCUGCGGUUUGCUCUUGGCUGUGGCUGAGGUCCUGAACGAUGUGCAAGGCUCUCAAGGUGACACGUUGAUGCUCGGGUCUAUUGCGAUCGAGGAGGACACUUGUGAGGAGGACGCGACGGAGUUUGAAAGGCGUCGAAAGCGGCUCAGUCUGUCUGAUCCUGUUUAUCUGACAGCCCUUUCGACAGCUCUGCAGCAGCAGCUGGAUCGCCUUCGUAGGCAGGUUGGGCAGCAGACGUGGGUCCAGUUGGUCGCGUCUGUGGACUGCGAGACGCUUCAACAGGUUCGCCAGUUUGUUUCCCUCGACUGAAUGACUGUUUUGCAUUGAGAGUGAACUUUUUCGAAUGUACCCCGCGGUUUACUUAUAAGUUGAUGAAGUGAUAUGUUGCCAAUAAAUACGUUUAAAAUGC